GUAAACAACUUAAAAAAAAAAAAAAAAAAAAGAGUCCUGAAGGCUCUAUAUAUAGUCCGAAAUUCAAAAUGUCAUUAGGCGCUUCCGUCUUUCCGAGCUCUCUCUCCCUCUUUCCGAUCAGCAAUGGCGCUCUCGGCGUUUCGUGACCGACUCGAACACAUGGAUCACACUCGUCACCAACGUCUCUCUCUCCUCCAGGUGGAGAAAGAAUCGCAGGCGAACAAGUCUCAGGAGCUGGCGUUGAAGCUCGCGAGCAUGGGGGCGAUGGAGCAGCGGUGCUUGGUGCUGGAGCAGAAGAUCGCGGCCCAAAGCUUCAAGAUCUGGGCGCUCCGGUCCGAUAUCGAGCGGCUCGACGCGAAAUACCAGAGUGAUUUAGAGAAAUUGAGGGUUUUGAAGAGUGAGGUGGAGGAGCUUGAGGGAUUGGAGAAGGAGAGGAACAGGUUUUAUGAGGUGAAGGGAGCUGAAAUGAAGGAGUUUAAGCAAAAUGUGGAGAGUUUUGCUUGGGAAUGUCAAUUGCAGAUUGAGAAUUUGAAGAAUGGUAUCAAUGAGGUUAAGUCAAGCUUUGUGGAAUUUCAAGGCAGUGACAAUUGCACAAGUAACUGUGAGAUAGCUGCAGCUGAGAAGAGAAAGUCUGAGCUUUUGGCUAUGAAGGAAGAGGUGAACAGAAAGCUGGCUUCUAAUUACCAAACAAGAGCCCGAUUGCAAAAGCAGCUUCAGACCAUUCUAAUUGCCAAUCCUCUACAGAAGGCAUAGGCUGCUUUGAUUGUAAUACCCCAUCCUCAUAUAUAAGAUGGUACCGUUGUUGUAGUACAAGAUAAUGCUACGUGACAAAGUUCUUGUGAUUCUAUGUGACUUUAGGAAAGAGAAUGAUCUCGAGGACUGUAGUUUGAUAGG